AUGUCAAGGGCUUAUUCAGAUACGGAUGACUAUUCAGAGCACGGCUUGAAUCCAGAUUUUCACGUUGUACCUUCAUCAUCACAAUACGAUCCAGAGGAUGAAGAUGACGCCGAUGAGCUGGACGAAUUGGUCAUACCAGAGAAAAUGGAUGGAGCGACUGCAGAAGAAGGGGAGGAGGAAGAGGAGCCUUUGCCACCCAUUGAAUGGCAUCCUGCAGUGCUGAUGGUUGGCAGGUUCAUAAAAACACUGCUUUCACCUAUUGUCAAGAUAGUUUUUGCGCCACAGACACAGAGAGCCAUUGUCAAAAGCUUGGUGAUCAUCAUUGUAGUCGCCUGGAUUCUCCUUACUAGUUUUACAGCCUACUUGACAUUCUAUCAACGAUAUAUACCAAAAACAGCGCAUGUUGAACCAAUAUACUUUCAAUACCUUGACAUUGAGCGACCUCAGGGACAAGUUCACUUUAAAGGCCCCAACCCCGUCAUGCCAUUAAGACACGAACAAGCUUACGAUGUAUCUGUCCAACUUCAUGUGCCAACAUCUGAUAUCAAUUUUGAUCUGGGUAACUUUAUGGUGCAUGUGGAACUUCAAACAAAGAAUGGCACUGUAUUAGCAGAAUCAAGUAGACCGGCCAUUUUGAGAUAUCAAUCUCACGCUCAACGAAUCCUUCAUGUCAUAGCUAAAGCAUUGCCAUUGUUGAUUGGAUGGACCGAGGAAAGCCAACAUAUUCAUGUUGUUUUACUGGAAAACUAUAUAGAAAAGAGAGCAACACCAAUAACACAAGCUCAAGUUACACUAUCCACAUCAAAGUUACAAGUCUAUGAUGCUCAUAUCAGUGUGAUAGCUGAUUUCCGUGGAUUAAGAUACUACAUGUACCAUAGAAGAGUAUCCACAGCAUUCGUCUUUAUCGCACUGUUCACGAUGAUUGAAGUCAUUUGUGCUAUGGCAGCUUGGAAAAUGUUUGGAAAAAACAUGUGGGACAAGCUACAUGAAGCAUUCUCCAUUGAUGAGCUCGCAGCAACAGCUACCGUUGAAAAUUCAGCGCAAGACGAUGGGAGAUCAUCUGCUGUAGCCAGUCAGUACAACACGGAAGAAGAAGAAGAAGAGGAUGGUUAUCUGACAGAGGAGUAG